AAAAGGAUACAGGAACAGAGAGAACGGAAAUACGAGAGAUAAAGUUAAAGAAAUUAAAUAGCACCAAUUUCGCCCACGAAACCCUCUCUCUUGUCUCGUCGCUUCAAACUCCUCUGCGGUUUCCCCUUCUUGUUCUUCUUCACAGAAAUGGAGGUAGCAGUGGCCAAAGCGUUGAAACCGAGUUUAAGGAGAGAGUUCAUCGUUCAGCAAAUGCUCUGCGAGGAUAUUUUCAGCCUGAACGCCAACACCGUCGCCGCCGGCGAAGAUUUCUCCGUCGACGACCUAUUUGACUUCUCUAACGGCUCUCUUCACAACGAACAACAACAAGAAUACGACGAAGGGAAACAAAGUUUAUCGGCUUCAGAGGACCGCGGAGAAGACGAUUGCAACUCCAAUUCCACCGGCGUUUCCUAUGAUUCACUUUUCUCCACCGAAUUAGCCGUUCCGGCCGGUGAUUUGGAGGACCUAGAGUGGGUUUCACACUUUGUGGACGAUUCACUCCCGGAGCUGUCACUUCUAUACCCGGUUCGUUCGGAGGAAGCAAACCGGUUUGUUGAACCGGAACCCUCAGCGAAGAAAACGCCUUGUUUUCCGUGGGAAAUGAAAAUAACGACCAAGGCGAGAACCGUACGGAAUAGGAAGCCCAGCAACAGUCGCAUGUGGUCGUUGGGUAGCCCGUUACUCUCGCUGCCGUCUUCGCCGUCUUCGCCGUCGUCGUGUUCUUCUUCGGUGAGGGAGCCGCCGGCUAAGAAGCAGAAGAAGCAAGCCCAGGCCCAGCCCGUUGGGGCCCAGAUUCAGCGGCGGUGCAGUCACUGCCAUGUGCAGAAGACGCCGCAGUGGAGGACCGGCCCACUGGGCGCGAAGACCCUCUGCAACGCGUGCGGGGUUCGGUACAAGUCGGGUCGGUUAUUUUCGGAGUAUAGACCGGCGUGUAGCCCCACCUUCUGCAGCGAUAUUCACUCCAAUAGUCACCGUAAAGUGUUAGAGAUUCGGAAGAGGAAAGAGGUGGCUCAACCGGAUACCGGCUUGGCCCAGGCCCAGACUCAAAUGGUUCCCACCUGCUGAUAUCUUACUUAGAUUAGGGAAAAUUUGCAGUUUAGGUUUAGGGUAUACAAACCCGGUUUGAACCGGUUCGGUUUUUGUAUGAUAUUUAGUGGGUUUUUUAGUUUUAGUUAGUGCUAGGCAGUAGUCACCAGUCAGGUAACCAACCAUAAUAUUAGGAAUUAGUAGUAAUUAGGCAUUGAUUGUUUGUAAGGUUGUAUCGUAUCCCAUUUUCCUAGCGUUGUUGAUUUUAUUUAAUGUAAUACAAAUAGUUUAAGUUAACUGGAGGAAGAGCGGUUUAAUUAUGAAGAUUAUUUAAAGUUUGGGCAUA